GACGCGGCCGCUGAGAGCGCACACGUGAACACGAACCCGUAUCAACAAUGGAUUAUAUAUCAGAGGGUUGAUCAAAACAGAUCCCGCAGCGUAGCCCAAUGUGCGUGGGGCGGGUUGCCCAACUUCAUACGAAACGUAUAAUUUUGACACGCACGAUGAACCCUACGCGUGCGUACAGUACCGCGCGUGUUGCCUGCGCGGACGCAUGUGCUUUAGAUUUGUUUCUGUUUUGAAGUAUCGCUUUCAGAGAUCGUGAAACAAUUUUUUUCGAUACGAGUUCCAGAUAGGAAUUAGGGAAUUGUGUAGGGAAGUGAUUUUCCUGUAAUGUUUAUUUAUCUUUAAUCUUAAAGGUGUGAUAAAUGAAAAACGAAAUGGAUGCAGGACGGACAGUUCGUUGAUGUGUUUAUUGUGACAAUAAACAAAAACACAAAGACAAAACACGAAGUGCAGUGUAUUGUGCGGUGUAACGUGCACCUGGAAGUGCAGGUACUUCUGGUGUGGAUUCUAGUACGUGUGCAGUAUGUGCGAGUGUGUGUGCGUACUGUUGCUGCUGCUGGCUGCCCUACCGGCGUUCGCUGGUCCACGCGUUGCACCACCAACAGCUGCUGCGGCAGGUCCUGCAUUCGACGUGCAGCAGCAGACCGCGUUAUUGGCGCGAUUGGGCGAAGCUGUCGCGCUGCGCUGUCGUGUGAUACGUCUUGCCGAUCGCGCGGUAUCAUGGGUCAGAUCGAGUGACCUGCAGAUAUUGACGCAUGCGGGCGCGGUGUUCACUGCCGACUCGCGCGUAUCGUGUUCCGAGGCUCCUGCUGGGCCUGGCGUUGGAGACACGGGCUCGGAUGAGCUGCUUGGUGAUAUUCUGACGUCACGAGACGACAGCAGCCGUGUGACGGGUGCGGUGCAUACGCUGCGCAUCGAGAGGCUACGAAUGAGCGACUCUGGCAGAUACGAGUGUCAGAUCAACACAGAGCCCAAAUUAAGCUUGUUUUUUAAUUUGACAGUAGUAGCAGAAUCAGCGUUACCGGUGGUAUCAGUACGCGCGGUUGGUACUAACGGAGGUGCGGUGUGGGGCACGCGUGGCGGAGCAACGAGGCUAACUUGUGAAGCACGCUACGAAUUCACGCAUAGUUCGGCGGAGUUGUCAGCGGACGUGCUUGCCGCGCUACCACCCUUGCGCAUGCACUGGCUGCACAACGGUGUAACACUAGAUCCACAGGGUUCUCGUGGAGGCAUAUCACUGGAUACAGAACGUUGGGCGGGUCGUGUGGUAUCGCGGCUGACGCUGGCGCAGCUGAGCGCGCUCGACGCGGGGCGCUACACAUGUGCGGCUGCCGACCGCAGCGCCACCCUUCUCCUGCGACUGCACGGAAUCGACGACCAGGACUACGAAGCAAUAGAGAGUGAAGUGGAGACGAUGCAACGUGACCAAGCUGUUGCGCGAGUAAGCGGGAGCCCUCACUCUCAGCGGGCGCCAGUAUCCGCGCUGUUGCUGCUGCUAUUACCACUGGUUCUCACGUGACGACGCCUGCGCACUGCGGCGGUGUAAAUCUUGUACAUAUGGUUAUUUAUAGAAUGUAAAUAAAUAUCGGAUAGUA